AAAAAACAAAAGAAACACAUUACAAUAUGGAUAAGAUUCGCGAGAAAAUUAAUAGUAUUCGUGCUGAAGCUGAUGCUGCCAAUGCCAAGGUCGAGGAAUUAGAAGCCAAACUUAAGGAAAUUUCAUUAGAACAUACUCAACAAGAACGCGAAAUUGUUUCUUUGAAUCAUAAAAAUAAGCAACUUGAAGAUGAAUUAGAAGUUGCUAAUGAUACCAUUAAAGAAUUAAAGGGUAAUGAGGCUGAAGAAAAUGACUAUAAGAAGGAAUAUGAAAACGCUAUGCGUAAGAUUGCCAUCCUUGAACAAGAAUUAGAAGACUCUGAUAAGUCACUUAAGGAAACUACUAAUAAUUUCCGUGAAGCUGAUGUGAAGGUUGAGCAACUUGAAAAGAAGGUUGAACAAUUAACAAACCAACUUGCUACAGAAGAAAAGAAGAAUGAAGAGCUUGAGGAAAAGAAUAGGGAAUUAGCUGAACAAUUAGAAGAAAUUAAUAAGCAAUUAGAUGACAUGUAAAAAAAAAAAAAAAAAAAAAAAAAAAAAA